GCGGGACUUCCGUUCGAGAGGCGGGAACUUCCGUUCGGGAAAACGAUAUGGAAUACAUGAUCUGGCAGUGAGUGUACAUGAUGAAUCGUCCCAAGCCUACAACGAUUAGGCGGCCUUGUGCUGCGAAACCCUCCGGUCACCCUCCUCCAGGAGAUUUCAUAGCAUUGGGGUCAAAGAGUGGCGGAGAGUCCAAAGCACCUGCAGUUCUCCUUAAACCAGCGUCCACCUUACCCACUGACCGUAAACGAGAGACCUCCUCGUCACUUCCAUCCUCCUCUGGCCUGUCCGGCCUAGUGAAGCGCCCCAAGAUCUCCUCUACCCCUCCGGUCAGCGCCCUAGGACGAUUGGCUGAUGUGGCAGCAGUGGACAAAAGGGCUAUAUCGCCUUCGAUCAAGGAGCCCUCAGUGGUGCCCAUAGAAGUCCCCCCAGCAGUGCUCCUGGAUGAGAUUGAGAAUGCAGAGCAGGAUGGAAAUGAUGAUCGCAUUGAAGGGGUGCUCUGUGGAGCUGUCAAACAGCUGAAGAUGAACCGGGCCAAACCUGACAUAACACUAUACCUCAGCCUCAUGUUCCUGGCCAAGAUUAAGCCCAAUCUCUUUGCCACUGAAGGCAUUAUUGAGGCCUUGUGCAGUCUCCUUCGCCGGGAUGCCUCCAUCAACUUCAAAGCAAAGGGCAACAGUCUGGUGUCUGUGCUAGCCUGCAACCUGCUGAUGUCAGCCUAUGAGGAGGAUGAGAACUGGCCAGAGAUCUUUGUCAAAGUGUACAUUGAGGACUCUUUGGGGGAGCGAAUUUGGGUAGACAGUUCCCAUUGUAAGAAUUUUGUGGACAAUAUCCAGACUGCCUUCAGUACCAAAAUGCCCCCAAAGAGUAUGCUGCUGCAGUUGCAGACUGACACUGGCCGCUCCGGUGGAGAUAUCAGUGCAGGGAGCAGUCCUCACCCCUCCACCCCAGAUGAGGAUGACAGCCAGACCGAAUUGCUGAUUGCUGAGGAGAAACUUAGCCCUGAAGAUGAUGGACAAGUUAUGCCAAGGUACGAGGAGCUGUCUGAGAGUGUGGAGGACUAUAUUCUAGAUGUCCUGAAGGACCAGUUGAACCGCAGGCAGCCCAUGGACAAUGUGUCCCGUAACCUGCUGCGUCUACUCACUGCCACCUGUGGCUACAAGGAGGUGCGGCUUAUGGCUGUGCAGAGGCUGGAGAUGUGGCUGCAGAAUCCAAAGCUGACCCGUCCAGCUCAGGACCUUCUCAUGUCUCUCUGUAUGAACUGCAACUCCCAUGGAGCGGACGACAUGGAGGUGAUCUCCAACCUCAUCAAGAUCCGCCUGAAACCUAAAGUCAUCCUCAAUCACUACAUGCUCUGUGUCAGGGAGCUACUGAAUGCACACAAAGACAACCUGGGAACCAUGGUGAAGCUGGUGAUCUUCAACGAGCUGUCCAAUGCCAGGAACCCCAACAACAUGCAAGUCCUUCACACACUGCUCCAGCACAGCCCAGAGCAGGCCCCUAAGCCUGGCCCGUCAGGCUCCCGCGCCUCAGCCUGGCCCGUCAGACUCCCGCGCCUCAGCCUGGCUCGUCGGGCUCCCGCACCUCAGCCUGGCUCGUCAGGCUUCCGCACUUCAGCCUGGCUCGUCAGGCUCCCGCACCUCAGCCUGGCUCGUCAGGCUCCCGCGGAUCAGCCUGGCUCAUCAGGCUCCCGCGCCUCAGCUUGCUCGACAGGCUCCCGCGCCUCAGCAGAAGUGACCGGCCCGCUCCUGGUCAACGUCCUGAUGAUGGAGCCACGCAUCAGAGAGGGGGUAUGGUCAGGACAUGGACCCCACUUCACCACAGUUUUUCUCUGCCUCAUUGUCCGCCUCCAUGGCCUCUUAAACACGGCGACCCCGCCGCCGACCUCGGACACAGGGACCCUAGAAAUGGGUCCCGAAUGGGACGGAGAUUCCGGCAGCGCCGGACAGGCGGGAGACUCCGGCAGCUCCGGAGUGAAGGCGAUUCUGGCAAUGCCUGGCUGA